AUGGCGAAUGGCAAAAAAUCAAGUGUCUCUGUGACGGCUCAUAUUCUUCAAUUGCCCGUCUCAAGUGUCUCCCUGAAUGUGGUGCUGCAACCUCUCUAUGGCAAAAAUUUGGCAAUGCUGAACGCCACAUGGGAUGCCUGCGCCUUUAUGAAAAAUCGCAAAAGAAAUCGUGCCCUAAAUCGUUUAUUUAAAUACUUGGCGCCCUAUACGAACGUUAAUCAUUCCUGUCCGUACAAUACCCUCAACGCAAAAGCAUAUUUCACGAAAUUACAUUGCACUACAAUUGACCCCGAGUAUUCACAAUUCGAUCUCUGCAGCAUGAAUAAAGUCAAUGGAAAAUACCAAAGCAUUUCAAUAACAAUACGAAUACUGCAGAAACCCAUAACCAAUUGUCAAAUGAAAUUUGAGUCGAAAUUUGCCGGCACCACAAGUCUGCCGCUGUUCAACAAAACCUGGAAUGUUUGUCGUUUUCUGAAGGAACGUAAAAAGAAUUUGGCCUUCGAUCGGGUGUUUGAUUAUUUUCGUCCAUAUAGUAAUGUCAAUCAUUCGUGUCCGUAUUAUCAUGACAUCGUUAUAAGGAACUGUACAUUGAUGGAUCAGAAAAUGAUAAUACCUUUGCCAAAUGGACAAUAUGAUAUAGCCACAACUUAUAGUAUGGAUGGAAAACCGCGAUUCUCUGUGGACCUAACAUUCGAAUUAUCAAAUUAA